AUGCUCCUGGACCUGAUUAUGCAAAGAAAGAAUUUCAUAUUAGAAUGCUUUUCAAUCCAACUUCCUCUGCAAGUGGAGGAGGCAUUUGCUUUCUGUGGUACUCCAGAAGGUGAUCUGGUCCAUCCUGCAGCAGUACUGGAGACAGUUAGGCGUCAUAGAGUCAAUGUCGAUGGCAAUGUCUGUACUGUCAUGGUAACCACUUUGGUUCUUGAGGGAUGGCAGCGGAAACUUGAUCCCAGGAUCGAUGGAGAUUUAAAUUUUCCUGAUAACUAUGCUCCAUUUACAUUUCCUGAAGGCUUGCUUUCCAGUGAGCAAGGUGUCUACAUUGAAGAGUCAGCCGCUGCUAAGAACAUCAAAACAAGCUAA